CGGUCCUCCACAUCGUUUCCUUAAAAAGUAGAAGCUUGUGGGAAACACAGUCUUGGCUCCUCAAGGAACACGCAACUGGAGACUCCAAGGAGAAAGCAGAACGCGGAUGCCGCAGUUUUCCAAGUGCGGUCGGCCCUUCCCACGUGGUGGAUUUUUGGCAACUCGCCCCACCUUCCUCCGGAUUCCGGGGAUGAGUCUAACGCCCUCCGGAGCCGUCCCUAGUGACGUCACGAGCGCGAUUCCAGUCUGCGGCCAAUCACGCGGCCGGAUUCCGGGGGAAGCCCGGGGCGGCGGCAGCGCCCUGUGCGCAUGCGCGAGGUCUCCGCGUGGCUAUAUAAACAUGGCUGGCGUGGCCGCGCGGCGGGGCUGUGCGGAGCGCGCGUAGGGGGCUUCGGGGCGCUCUGGGUUCGUAGGUUUGAAAUUUCUGGCGGGGGAUCCGCCGCGCCGAGUUUCGGUGGGAGGUGGGAGCCGACGUGACGCCCUUCCGGGAGCCGCGCAGCCGGACUCCGCUGCAUCUGGUCCCGGGGCUGAGGCGCCGGGUUGAGCCGGCGCACGUGUGAGCGCCGCCGAGGAAGCGGCGAGCGGCCGAGCAGGUGUGGCAGCCGGCGGGGCCGCGCGGACGGGAGGAAGGUCCGGGACGCCGGGGUCCCGCUGUCCAGCGCGGCGUCGGUCACUGACUCCUGUGUCGCGGCCCCGGAGCCUCUCCCUAGCGAUGCUGUGGAGCUGGAACUGCACCGGAGUCGGCGGCCGCUUGUCAAGCCUCCCCUCGCCUCUGCUCCCGGAACGGCAGCGCCGCGGCUGCCGCUGAUCCACCUGGGGGGAUGCCCGCGGGCCUCACGGAGCCGGCCGGCGCCGCUCCCCCAGCCGGUGUGGGCGCCUCCGGGACCGUGACCAUGGCCCCCGCCGCGGCUCUGCCCGUCCGGGUGGAGAGCACUCCGGUGGCCUUGGGCGCCGUGACUAAGGCUCCUGUCAGUGUCUGCGUAGAGUCCUCGGCGUCCCAGCCGCUGCGGUCCCCCGUGGGGACCCUGGUGACCAAAGUGGCCCCUGUCAGUGCCCUUCCUAAACUCAGCAACGGCCCUCGUCUACCAUCUCCUCAGAUCGUCGCCGUGAAAGCCCCCAACACCACCACAAUCCAAUUGCCUGCUAAUCUGCAGCUUCCUCCAGGAACCGUUUUGAUCAAAAGUAACAGUGGUCAGCUGAUGUUGGUAUCUCCUCAGCAAGCUGUAACAAGAACUGAGACCACAAGUAACAUAACUUCAAGGCCAGCUGUACCAGCAAAUACGCAAACCGUCAAAAUCUGUACCAUGCCGAAUUCUAGUUCACAGUUAAUCAAGAAAGUGGCAGUGGCACCUGUUAAGCAAUUGGCACAAGUAGGAACUACUGUGGUAACCUCUGUUCCGAAGCCUUCCCCAGUGCAGUCUGUGGCUGUGCCGACUAACGUGGUCACAGUUACUCCUGUAAAGCCCAUGAAUACCAUAGCAACCCUGAAGCCUUCAAGUUUGGGAACAGCAUCUGCCCCCUCAAAUGAGCUCAAUCUCAAAACAGAGAACUCGGCCUCUGCUCAGGCUAACCUUUCUCCGACGAUGCUAGAAAAUGUGAAGAAAUGUAAGAACUUCCUCGCAAUGUUAAUAAAACUAGCGUGUAGUGGAUCCCAGUCCCCGGAGAUGGGGCAGAAUGUGAAGAAGUUGGUAGAGCAACUUUUGGAUGCAAAAAUUGAAGCAGAAGAGUUUACUAGACAACUGUAUGUUGAACUCAAGUCUUCACCUCAGCCUCACCUAGUUCCUUUCCUUAAGAAAAGUGUGAUUGCCUUACGACAAUUGAUGCCCAAUGCCCAGAGCUUUAUUCAGCAGUGCGUUCAGCAGACUUCUAGCGAGGUGGUCACUACUACCUGUCCCACAACAUCAACGCCUUCUCCCGUGGUAACAACAGCAGCUUCUUCCAUCCAGGCUGAGAAGCCUGCUGUUGUUGGUUCAGAAGCAGCGGUGCCUGGAGUUGUGUCUGUACAGACUCUGAAACCACUUGCUGGUCCAGAGGGAGCAAAAACUGGAGUCGUGACUCUUCACUCUGUGGGUCCGGCUGCUGUGCCUGGAGGGACAACAGCUGGAACUGUCGUGCUGCAGACUCCAAAACCUCUGGUGACAUCCCUGCAGAACACGGUGACAGCAGUCUCUCUGCAGCCUGAAAAGCCGGUUGUCUCCGGGACAGCAGUGACGCUGGCGCUCCCCUCGGUACCUUUUGGAAAAACCUCAGCAGCAGCUGUUUGCAUUCCGUCCAUGAAACCCAUUCUUACUUCCGCUGGGACCACGUCCAACAAGCCCGUCCUUGGCCCUCCACUCCAAAUCAAACUCGCGCAGCCAGGCCCCGUGCUUGCGCAGCCAGCCAGUAUCCCACAGGCAGUUAAAGUCAAACAACUAGUAGUCCAGCAGCCUUCAGGAGGCCUUGCAAAACAACUGACCACUCUUACCCAUUCCCCAGCACUGACCAUCCAGAAAUCUGGACAGAAGAAGGUGACAGUGAGCACUACAAUACCUACCAGUCAGUUUUCUCAAGCUUCCAUUCUAAAGCAAAUUACCCUUCCAGGAAAUAAAAUUCUGUCACUUCAAUCAUCUGUUCAGAAAAACAAAAUAAAAGAGAAUGGAACAAUAUCCUUCAGAGAUGAAGAUGACAUCAAUGAUGUGACUUCCAUGGCAGGGGUCAACCUCAGUGAAGAAAACGCCUGCAUCUUAGCAACAAACUCUGAAUUGGUUGGCACACUCAUUCAGUCCUGUAAAGAUGAACCGUUUCUUUUCAUUGGAGCUCUACAAAAGCGAAUUUUAGACAUUGGUAAAAAGCAUGACAUUACGGAACUUAAUUCUGAUGCUGUGAACUUGAUCUCCCAUGCAACACAGGAGCGAUUACGAGGCCUUCUAGAAAAACUGACUACAAUUGCUCAGCAUCGAAUGACAACUUACAAGGCAAGUGAAAAUUACAUCCUGUCUAAUGACACCAGAUCACAGCUCAAAUUUCUUGAAAAGCUAGAUCAACUGGAGAAGCAGAGAAAGGAUUUAGAAGAAAGAGAAAUGUUACUUAAAGCAGCCAAGAGUCGUUCCAAUAAAGAAGAUCCAGAACAGCUGAGAUUAAAGCAGAAAGCCAAAGAGUUACAACAGUUGGAGCUCGCACAGAUACAGCAGAGAGAUGCUAAUCUCACAGCUCUUGCAGCUAUUGGACCAAGGAAGAAGAGACCACUCGAGUCCGGGUCUGGAAGUGAGGAUUCCCGGCCUGUUGGAGAUCAAGAUCAGAGUGGGUGUCUGUUUCUGCAUGCGAGAUAUGGCAUCAAUGAAGAAAUACAUCCAUCUAGUCCAGAGGCUCUUGCUUUAUCCGGAUGACAGAGGGUCCACGGGGCGUCCGCCUCAGUUCCCGCCGCAGGACGUAUUCGCUGAACUGAGAUGAGUCCACGCCUCCCCCACAGGAGCCCACGACUUCAAAUCCUCUUUGCUGCAACCUCUCGAGGACCUGUGAGGGGUCGAGACAAGCAUCUGGUUAGCGACCAGCUAGGUCCUUUGGCCACGUACAUGCCCAAAGACUGUCCCACAGUUUGACAUCACGUGCAGCUUGAAUCCAUCUUAUCCAAGCCCUAAGUCUCUCUGAGUUUCUGUUUUCAAAGACUCUGGAUUCAAAGGCAGGAGGGAGCGAGCAAACGUUUCUAGUACCUACAAUGUGCCUUCAUAAGCUAGCUCCACGUGUGCCAAGUUAUUCACUCAUUACAACCACCUGGCGUAACAGGCAGAGCUGGUCCACUUGACAGAUGCGAAAACUGAGGCUUACACCUAGUAAGUGAUGGAACUGGGUUUGCAACUCAGGUCUCUUUGGCCUCAAAUCCCAUGUUUUCUGCAAUGCCAUCUUGUCUGCAGAAAGACAGGGUUCACAUUUCAAAGCUCAUUUACCACUAACAUAUCCGGUGAGAUGAUAAAGACUAUGGAAAGACAGUGAUAUUAUCUGAAUUUACUUCAUCAGUGAUUCAGCCUCAACUCAUCCACUCUUGAUUCAGCCACUGUUCUAACUGCCUGAUACUGAGUCAAUAUAUUUCAGCCUGGAAGACCGAUGCAAUUUCAACAGCAGAAGAAAUGGACUAUUAAAGACAGUCAAGCUUUAUCUCGAGCUUUUCAAGUUGUGGCAUUUGAAAUAGAUUUAUUGCCUAGUGUGUAUCCAGAGAGGCAAGAAUAAAUGCAAUGGUUAUUUAUAUAUGUCCUAUAUUAGAAAACAUCUAAAAAUUUCUCAUAUAAUUAAUAGAUAUUUAUAAUAUAAUCUAAUUUUGAAACCAAAUACCUAAUGCCAGAAAGAUCCCUGGGUUUGUCAUUACUUGUCUGACACUCUUGAAUGCAGGGAAGAGUUCUUGCAACUCUUACAUACACAAAAAUACAGGAAACUGAUCCACAGCAGUAUGUUUCUUUAGGAAUCUAACAAAUAUUAGACUUGCAAAUGUUCCCUGCCAGAAUUCUGGAUAUAGUUAAAUUAUCUCUACACCACUCUAAAGGCAAGAUGAUUCAAUCAUAACUUUAAAAAAAUGCCCGGCUCAAAUUUUUUAUUUUUAUUUUGGGGGUUAAGUGAAAUACUAUCAAAUAACUUUCAAAAUGUGAAUAUACAGUAGAUCCCUUACUAUGUCUUUUUUUUUAACUAUUAUUUUUGGGGUGCCUACUUUUACAUGGAAUAUAAUCUGCUAUUUUGCAAAAUAGCUAAUUAGAUGAGACUGGAAAGCAAGAAUAUACUUUCUAAAAAUUAAAACUUCAAAUGUUGGCAAAUUAAAAAAAACCCAAGCAAGUCCUUAUGAGACCAAAAUGAACACUCUUCCCUGCAGCAUCUACUUCUGUACAUGAAUUUACAACGCAUAUGCACACCAGGCAGCAAAGGACACAAUGAAGAAAACAACCUCUAGGUUUAAAAGUAAGACAUUAAGAUGUGGUGGCAGCUGAGUAAAAAGGUGAAGAAAAGCUCACUCGAAGAUCUCCCUAGUAAAGGCAGGAAUGUAGCUUGUCAGCAAGAAACACACUAGUUUGCUCGGCCAAACCACCGCCCUGGAAAGGAUUCACCUUGAUAAGGAGAGGAAUUAGGAAGGUAGAGGAAGUUGAGCAAUAAAGAACUUAUCUCAGAUA